AUGUUGAUACGCGGAUGUCCACGCAACGUAAUCUCGGGGGAGCUGUCAGCUGGUCAUCGAAACGGCAGGCCAGUACGGCGGUAUCGUUUUGCGAAGCUGAAUACAUGGGUCAGACGCAAGCAGCUCAGUACAGAUCUCAGGGAAUGGAGACGGUGCUAUGGUCGGAACCCUGUGCAGUGCAAUACGUCUUGCGGUCCGAACAUAGCACGCACCUCUUCGCCCUCUGGCUCGCCUGCUUCUCGCACCGGUGUUCUCGGUCUCCCUCGCAAAGGCGUAUUGCAAGGAGGCCAUCUCACCUCCGGCUCAUCCGCGUCUUUGCUUUCUUCGUCUGACGGCGAGGCAGGGGCAGGGGCAGGGGCGGCGGCGAGGCUGCUUUCUCCAGAAGACGACGACGACUCCGAGUCAUCCUUAGGGGACGACGACGACGUGUCAGCCUUUUCGGUCUCGGUCUCGUCCGGUACCCGCUGGGAUAUUGGCUGGGUGCGACGAACGGAAGAGGGAGGGAAGCAUCUGUAUAUAACCAGUGAGCCUUGGAUGCCUAAAAGCGCGCAAAAGCCAUCGGAAGCUGGGAAACCCGCCGGCGUGCUAAUACUUCUCAGCGUGCUGAUGCUUGCGCGGAUGAUCGCGGGGGUGUUGUGA